AUGUCUGAGGCUCCACGCACUGACCAGCUGGCUCACGACGAGGAGAAGGGCCAGUCCAAUCAUCUAGAGAAGCAUGAAAGCCAUAUUUCUGCAGCGAGAGAUGGCACAGGCGCUCGCAGCAAGACCAACCCAGCCGAGAUCAGGCUUGUUCGCAAGCUCGAUUGGGUCAUCCUCCCCAUGCUCUGGAUCAUGUAUUGGUUCAACUAUCUUGAUCGAAAUGCCAUCACCGUCGCUAGGUUGGAUAACUUGGAGGAAGAGCUUAACCUCUCUUCCACAGAGUAUCAGACAUGUGUUUCUAUCCUCUUUGUGGGAUAUAUCCUCGGGCAGAUUCCAUCGAACAUGCUCAUGACUCGUCUUCGACCCUCCCUCUUCAUGUCCGGAGCCAUGGCACUCUGGGCUGUCGUGAGCACCCUCACCGCCAUCGCAAAGGACUUCAAGGGCCUCCUCCUCACUCGUUUCUUCCUCGGCAUCACCGAAGCCCCCUUUUACCCCGGCGCCCUCUACAUGCUCUCGAUUUUCUAUACUCGCAAGGAAAUUGCCACUCGAAUCUCGAUCCUCUUCACAGCCAACAUCUGCGGAACGGCAUUUGCCGGGCUCAUUGCCAUAGGAGUCUUUGAGAUGAGCGGCGUAGCAGGCCUUUCUGGGUGGCGAUGGCUCUUCAUACUCCAAGGCAUAAUCACCUUUGUCAUCUCGGUCAUGUCAGCCUGGAUCCUCCCAGACGAACCCAUCAACACCCGCUGGCUCUCCGAGGAAGAGAGGGAACUAGCCCACUCGCGAGUCGCGGCCGACACGGUGCAGAUCAAAACCAACACGACAACUUGGGCUGGCCUCAUCGACGCCUGCCGGGAUCCUCGGCUCUGGGUUCUCAUCUUCAUGCAACAUUUUCAUAUGGCCGCCAGCAAUUUCAAGAACUUUUUCCCAACCAUCGUGGGCACGUUGGGCUUUGGUCGAAAUGUCACCCUUGCUUUGACUUGCCCGCCGUAUAUCGUCUCGGGAAUUGUAUGCAUUGCAUGGGCUGCCAACUCUGGUCGAAUGAAUGAGAGGACUUGGCACAUCACCGUUGCCAAAGUCAUUGCCGUCUUUGGCUUCAUCCUUGCUUGCACCACCAUGAACGUAGGCGCUCGCUACUUUGCAAUGUGCGCAUUUGCAAGCGGCGUCUACGCUUGCAACAGUGUCAUCCUCGGCUGGGUCUCCAGUACAUGCGGCCAAACCAAGGAGAAGAAGGCCAUCUCCCUCGCUAUAGUGAACACAAUCGCCUCGCUGAGUCCCAUUUACACGCCUUAUCUGUGGCCCAAGUCGGAUGAACCUAGGUAUACCAUUGCCAUGUCGAGCAGUGCUGCGUUUUCUGCUGCUUCGGCGUUGUUGGCUUGGCUUAUGAGGUGGAUGUUGAUUCGUGAGAACCGCAAGAUCAGACGGGAGAACAACGAGGAGAGGCUCUUUUAUGCCUACUAA